AUGGCCAGGGUGACAAGUGUAAUCGUGCUCAUUGCGUCGCUAAUCGCGGCGAGUGUCGGCGAACCUGACGGUCACGGCCAUGGACACGGCGGCGGCGGUGGCGGCGGCGGCGGAGGCGGCUACGGGGCGCCACAAGCUUCUUACGGUGCACCACAAGCUUCUUAUGGAGCACCACAACCUUCUUAUGGAGCACCACAAGCUUCUUAUGGAGCACCACAGGCUUCAUACGGCGCCCCGCAGGCCUCUUAUGGCGCCCCACAGGCGUCUUAUGGCGCCCCACAGGCUUCUUACGGCGCACCACAACGCUCAUACGGCGCCCCAAAGGCAUCCUACGGCGCCCCUAAGGCGACUUACCGACGCCCUGCACCUCCGAAGAAAGUCGUCGUUUACCAUCAUCACAAACACGUCGUCGUGCACAAGAAAAAGGGCGGCGGUGGCAAGAAGGGAGGCGGGAAGAAGAAGGGCGGCGGCGGCGGCAAGAUGAAGAAGAAGCUCAAGCAGAAGAUCGCUCUCAAGAAGGCCAAGUUGCAGCUGAAGAAGAAGUUCAAGCAGCAGAAGAAGGCCCUCAAGAAGGGCUUGAAACAAAAGUACAAAGCCAAGAAGUCCAAGCUCAAGCAAGCUCACAGAAACCAAGGUAGCAGCAGCUCAUCAGGUGGCAGCUCAUCUUCCGGAGGCGGCGGCGGCAGUUCAUCGUCAUCCGGCGGAGGUGGCGGUUAUGGCCGAUAAAAUGUGAUCAUCAAUUCACCGAAAAUUGUGAAACCACGGGAAAAAAACCAAGAACACCCAGCUACAAAAUCCAAAAAAUGUUAGGACCUUCUACAACAAGAUCCAUGUAUUAAAAAGUUGCGCAAUAUCUUUUGGAUAUGAGAUCUGAGAGAUAGCAAUCGAAAUGCUUUCUUUUGUUGCGUUACGUUUGUACAAUACUGUAUCUUGAUUUCUUUCCAAAAUUGAUGUAGGAUAUAUAAAAUGUACAGAAUGAACUAGUCACGAAAGAUUGCAUUAGGCGAUAAAUUUAACAUCACGUAUACUUACAAGCCAUGUCAUGAAGCGGGAUAACUUAUAUAUAGGGAGUCUUUUGUAAGUAAUCAAAAGCAAAAGCUAAAAGGAAAGAGAAGCAGGGGAAAUAUAUAAACAUAUUGUAAAUACUGUACGCUCUAAAACACGAAUAUAUCAACGAAGCUACCUACAAUUAAGGUGCUAUAAUUUUGCAUCAUAUUUCAGUACAUUUAUUGCCUGUAUACUAUUUGGAAAACCGAUUCAGAAUAUCCUGCUCAACACACCAGCAGAAGAGAUGGUUUAACACACGAAAAAUGAAUAUAUUGGUUCAUUGUAAAUAGCAUUAUACUGCUAAAUGCGUUGCGCGAAUUCAGGUUUUUGGUUGUGCCAAUGUUUCAUAUACAAUGUCAUAUUGAAUUUUUGUUACCAUUCUGUACCAUUUUUACCGUUGAAAUAUACGUGUAUACGAAAAGAAGUUUUGC